GACUAGAGCCACAUAUAUAACGCGGUUGUUUAUGGCCAUUGUUGCAGUUCCUGACGUACUGUGUGUAACAUCUUGUACACAACACCGCGCCUACCUCAACGUGAUAUUACAUCUCAAAACGUGGAAAUGCGGAAAUACGAUGGAUGCUUCCAGACAAAGCUGAUAACACCAAUCAAAAUGGCAGUUGCAUUAAGUCUCCUCAUGCUCAUGUUGGUGGGUGCUGAUACCGACAUUAACUCGUUCCACUCAGACACGAUGACGGAGACCACUACACACUGGUCAAUGACGAGGCCCCCUACAACAAUGACCCCUCCCCCCGAGGUUGAGGAUGACCCUGUCAACGUCACAGCUCGUAUCGGCUCCGAGGUCUUCUUUGACUGCAAGAUACCCGUACAGGGCACUGUGGUGUGGGCGUACGUAAAUCCAGAAUCCAAAAUCGAAUCCAUAGAAAUACUAAAUUGGAGGUCCCGAACUGAGCACUUGACUUUGAGUUUCAAAGCCCCAAACAACCACCGCCUGAAGAUCGAUUCUGUCAAGCACGCAGACGAAGGUUACUACAAAUGUGUCUUAAGCUCUCAUCGAAAGAAAGUUACGCAGGUCUUCCUUAAAGUAAUCGAAGCUGAAAACUGACCAAAGGACGGUAUCGAGGUGCCAUGGAAACCAUAAUUAUAAUUUAAAGCAAAGAACAUUGACUGUAUAAAACACGGAGAAACAAUGUAUCGUUGGGAAAAAAUAAUGAUAGUGGUAAUGCAAGUUUUGAAUAAAUUAAUUGAAGUGAUUUAUAUUCUAUAAAAUUAUUCAUCAACGAUGUGUAAAUAAUUUUAAACGUAUAAAUAUAACGUAUUAAUAGAUUCUAGAUUAUUAAUAGCUUAUAUAACGUAUUAAUGUAACCAUUUUAUUCAAGUGAAUGAUACACUUUACCAAAAUUAUAUAUUAAUUACAUUAAUAAGUAUUUAUAUAAUUUAAAUGUUUAAUGUAUAUCACGCUUAUUCAUUUUCCUGGGGUUUUGUUUCGUAAAUUUACUUGUAUCAGAUGUAAAAUAUACUUAAAUAAACAAUUAAAAACUU